AUGGAGGAGGAGAAGCGGAGCGACCUGCUGGAUUUCAGAGACCAGGACAGGAGCGGGACGGAGGAGGAGAACCAGGACCCGGUGCUCCUCUUUGGACCAGCAGCGGCCGGCUCGUCCUCUGAGACUCCCGGUGCUCAGAAGUGGAGAAGAAGAGAGGGCCACAAAUGUCACAGCUGUGAGCUCUGUGACAAAUCCUUCACAUCGCUGAAAUACUUGAAAACUCAUCAGAGAAUUCACACUGGAGAGAAGCCACACAGGUGUGACCAGUGUGGGAAAAGCUUUAUGACGUCAGGAACCCUGAAAAUCCACCAGCGGAUUCACACGGGAGAGAAACCGUACAGCUGUGUUCAGUGUGGGAAAGCUUUCACUCAGGCACACCAACUACAUACACAUCAGCGAAUUCACACUGGAGAGAAACCAUACAUCUGUGACCAAUGUGAGGCAGCAUUCACCAAUCAGAGUAGCCUGGAAAACCAUCAACGUGUGCACACGGGAGAGAAACCGUACUGGUGUGCCCAGUGUGGGAAAACAUUCUCUCAUGGCAGUAACUUUAAAGCGCAUCAGCGGAUUCACACGGGAGAGAACCUGUACUGGUGCGACCAAUGCGGGAAAACAUUUUCUCAGAGUAGUCACCUUAAAGUCCACCAACGUGUUCACACGGGAGAGAAACCGUACAGUUGUGACCAGUGUGGGAAAACUUUUUCUCAGGGUAAUCACCUGAAAGUCCACCAACGAACUCACACUGGAGAGAAACCGUACUGGUGUGACGAAUGUGGGCAAACAUUUUCUCACAGCAGCACCCUGAAAAUCCACCGACGGGUUCACUCUGCUCCGUUUUAAAUUUUCUUCACAAAAACUAUAUGACCUAUCAAAACGUGGAUCAAUACACCGAUACACAAGACUUGUGUCUACUGUUUAAAGUUUAAAUGGAGUCUCUAGGUGAAAUUAUGCCGGAGAAGUAGACGUUUAAAAAUCUCCAAUUAUUGUUCUUUUUCGCUCAUUUUUUUCCCGCUGUCCCAUUCAUUUCAAUGCAAAAUUUUGGGCAGUUAUAGUUUUUUCUGUCUAAUUCGGCCUCUUUUAGGCUCUUCCAGCUGUGUUGUUAUAAUCUUGGAUAUUUUUUGUUCCAAAUUCAGGGCUCACAAAUACUUCUACUGUCACACAAUGUGUAGCCUUGAGGUCAUGCCAGAAUCAUCACUACGACUAAGUAUCUUUUUCUGUGGCUUUCAUUAGCCCCUUUCAUAGUGUUGUCACGCGAAUAUCCCGCUAUAUUGCCGGAAAGAUCUGUGCCGGCUUUCCGCCUUAGGGUGUUCAUAUUGAUCCUGCAAAGAUGUGAUAUUUGUACCCUUUUAUAGUGCAGUCUGGCGUCGCAGAACGAGUUGGGAGGAGACAAUAGUGAUCAACAGCAUCAUUAGCACAGUGCUAAUAGGCUAACAGUUAGCUCUGUAGCAGCACAGUGUGUAUGUGCUGCAGCAGUAUGUGUUCAGUUAGCGACCUCCGUUUGUUUACAACAAGCACCGGACACCAACAGUUUGUUUACGAUCGGCGGCUGACACCACAUGUACAGUUAGCAUGCUGGUUUGUUUACAAUAAGAGGCGGACGCUGUGAACAGUGAUUCGAUGACUGUCGGACCAAGUGGGAGGUGUGUGUGAGAGACGUCGUGUGCGACGUCAAAUUCCCAGGCUUGCCGGGACGUCCUGUUCAUAGUGGUCCCGCUUCCAACAAACCCACCAUUUUUGGGUGCUUUCAUAGUAGUCAGGCGGCUUAGACAAAUAAAGGAGA